AUGAGUUCGUUUGAAGUUCUUGACGUGGCUUUCAAUAUAAAAUUAUAUAAAUUGUUACGGUUUUAUGAUAUAUUUGAUCCAAAAAGUACAAAGAUUUUCGGUUAUAACUUUUAUCGUGUUACUGGAAUUAUAAUUACCGUAUUAACCCAAUCAUACAUAUUAUUUGGACAGACAGGUUUUUUUAUGCCGACGGAAGAUACAAUAAAUUACAUAGAGAAAUCUAUGUUAAUUUUUGUCAAUUCAAUGAAUUUUCUAGCUGCAAUGAAAACAUGUGUAUUUAUAUAUAAAGCAAAUAACAUUUGGGAUUUAUUUGAUGUAACCCGCAUAAAUUUUCUGAAAAGUGAACAAUGUUGUAAAUACAGAUAUAAAAUACUAGAAAAAGUUCGUAACAAAUCGAUAAGACUUACAAAUUUUAUUGUUGUAUUUGCAAUAAUCUCAUUGACUAUUUGGAUAAUAUAUCCACUAGUUAUAAAUUUCUUUUUGACGACAACUGGUCCAAACAAUCAUCAGGGCUAUCAAAGUAUUCUUUAUUUGCGGUACCCGGUGACUACAAAUACUUACAAUCAAUAUUAUUUUGUUUUUUACACAACCGAAGCGAUAUUGGCAUUUGGUAUAAUAUAUUAUUCGAUAUUAGUAGAUACUGUUUUAGUAUCUUUGUGUUGGAUUUUCAUAGCUCAGUAUGAAAUACUUUCGGAGGCAUUUGGAAACAUUAAAUACGAUGACAAAGAAAAAGAUGGUUCCAUUAAAGCAUAUAAUGAUUUUUUGUCAGUAUUAAAUGAUCAAAGAAGACUUAAUUCGUAA